UUCGCAUGACGUCAAUAUGUAUCGCGGUGACUGAUAGAGCGAUUCCGCAGACCCCAGCCAUCCACUGCUGCGACGACCGAGGUGCCGUUGCUAGAUUUUGCAACCCUGCGACCAUGCCUGUUCCACGUAACAUCAUCGAACAAAUCAAGCAGAUAAUUCCCCCCUUGAACGGCACGUUGCACAAGGGACAGUCCGGUGAGUCUUACCCGGCAGAGAUCCACGUAUAUGUGUAACCGCCAAUUAUCAUCAUUAUCAUAUGGGGGCUUUGUAUGGCCAAUGGUAUAGGUAGAGUAGGCGUUUUGGGAGGGGCAAUGGAGUGAGCCUGUUACUGCACCUCUCUUCCCCGUGAGCGUCGACCCUGCUGACGAGCUACCUCAACGUCGUCAGUUAUACGGGCGCACCGUUUUUCGCGGCGAUGUCUGCGCUUCGCUUGGGUGCGGACCUUUCGCAUGUCAUAUGUGCACCGACAGCUGCGCAGGCGAUCAAAUCAUACUCUCCAGACUUGAUUGUCCAUCCUAUUCUUAAGGAAGAUGCGCCACAGGACAGGGUGAAAAAAGAACUUGACUCUCUGCUUUCCCGUUUGCACGUCCUCGUCGUCGGACCUGGGCUCGGGCGAGAAGACUACAUGCAGAACUAUGCCAAGAUGGCGUUGCGCCUCGCCCGAACCAAGGCGAUGUUCCUCGUCCUAGACGCAGAUGCGCUGUGGAUGAUCGGACAGGAUCUGUCUCUCGUAAAGGGAUACAGGCGCGCGGUUCUGACACCGAAUGUAGUCGAAUUCAAGAGAUUGAGUGAACAGGCAGGUGUGGACCCCAAGUCCGUGCCAGCUGAGCAGAGGGCCGCAGAGGUGUCGAAGCGAUUGGGUGGCGUCGUCGUGCUGCAGAAAGGUCCCAAAGAUCUCAUUGCAACCGAUACGACGGGUGAAGCUGCGAAUUUGGAAGAGAGCGGCAUCCGCCACGUACUGGACGAGGAAAGCCAGAAAGUGAAGGAGGUGAUUGAGGUGGACGUUGAGGGCGGGCUCAAGAGGUGCGGGGGGCAGGGUGAUGUGCUGAGCGGGACAGUUGGCGCCAUGCUUGCAUGGGGAAAGUGUUACGAAGAUGGAGCAUUUGGGGAUAAGAGCAUCCCGGAAUCUCGUCUUCCGAUUCUGGCAGCCGUCGGCGGAAGUAUGGUGACGCGUACGAGCAGCAAGCGAGCAUUCCGCGUGGAGGGGCGUGGACUCGUUACCCAGGAUAUGAUACCCUACCUUGCGAAAGCCUUUGCGGAGAACUUUGGAGAAGACCUGCAAGCUGGGGAGAGAGGGAGACUUUAAGGCGGUGUUCUUAGUGUUUGAAAAGGACUCAUAGCACGAGGUUUCAUGUGUGUCGGCCAUUAUGUGGCAAUCAACAUGCUUAGGGAUGAGGUGAGGACAGUCUGAUUUGCUGGCAGUUUUACACGCUGCAACAUGUCUGGCCUACAAUCUCCGAAUCGGAUGAUGAUGGUAGCAAGUUGCAAUCCACAUUCCAUCAUAUGAUGAAACACUUACCGUGUAUCGGUGCUUGAAGCACAUAAAGACGAAUGCCUAUCUCAUCGGAGAUCAUUAGUGUAUGGAACAGACCCGCAGAAAUCAACGAGUGUUGUUCCG